AUGGACACCCGUCACCCACUUCCUGGUGAAGGAGGCACAACUAGGACUGCCCUCUCUACAGACUCUUUUGGAGGUCAAUCGGUCCCAGCACCCACUGCCGUCCUUUUACCACUGCACAGUGGAAAGUGUCCUGACACCAAUGGUCUGUUUGCGCGCUCUCGUAACAGCUCGGCGGCAGACAAAAGGGUCCUGCCGAGAAUCAUCAGUGCUGCUCAGAAGACCAUAAAUACAACUAUUCACAACAAGAACCUGUGUCAGUUGAAACCAAAUGAAAGCAUUCGGUUUAACGAUUUGGGUCUUGGUAUGGAGAUCAACCAUCACACACAGGAAUCUAAGACAUAG